AUGAGGUGCGGUUCAAACUGUAGUAACUGCGAGCCUGAUGAAGAAGAGUUUCUUACUGUAGAUGUUUUAAAAGACAUUAAUUCAAUAGAUGCUAUAACAGAAACAACAUUUCAAUCAGAAGAAACUUGCAAUGCAAGGGCUGCAGUGGCGCACAGUUAUUUGGCGAAAAAAUGUUGGGAUAAAUUUGGAUGUACAGAUUGUAACUUAUCAAAAAAUAAGGAUAAUUUGAAUGACAAAACGAUUCUCUUGAUAUUAUUCAGGGYCUACAAUGAUAUUGAACCAACACAGGGACUCAAAGCUCCAACUGAUGAAUUUUUGGAUAUAGUAACAAUAUGCUUACACAUUUUUGAAAAAACGUUUCCAAAAAAGGCAGGUAUAAUCUUCUUGGAUGAAAUUGACAAAAUCGGUGCUGUGCCUGGAAUUCAUCAAUUGAGGGAUGUCGGAGGUGAAGGAGUCCAACAAGGAAUGUUGAAAAUGUUGGAAGGUACUGUUGUUAAUGUACCAGAAAAAAAUACAAGAAAACUUCGAAAUGAAACAGUUCAAGUUGAUACUACUAAUAUCUUAUUUGUUGCUUCUGGUGCAUUUACUGGUCUGGAUAGACUCAUAAGUCGCAGGACAAACCAAAAUAGUCUGGGAUUUGGAGCAGAAAUUGAUAAUGAAAUGGGAAGUAGAAGAGCUGCUGCUGAAGCUGAUCGUGUUGCCUCAACAAACUCAUACACUGAUAUUGAAAAGGAAAAUGCUGAACGAGAUGGAUUAUUAAAAAAAGUUGAACCAAGAGAUUUAAUUCAAUUUGGAAUGAUACCUGAGUUUGUGGGUAGAUUUCCAGUUUUGGUCCCAUUCCACUCCUUAAAUAGAAACUUGCUUGUACGAAUUCUUACCGAGCCGAAAAAUAGUACAGUCAAGCAAUUCAAAUUACUGUUUGGAUUAGACAAAGUUGAAUUAACAUUUACUGAUGAAGCACUUAAAGCUAUUGCCUCACAAGCCCUAGAAAAAAAAACUGGAGCUCGAGGAUUACGAGCUAUUGUGGAAUCCAUUUUGUUGGACCCAAUGUUUGAAAUACCUGGAUCUGAUGUAGUUAGUGUUCAUGUCACUGAAGAUGCAGUGAAUGGAAAAAUGAAUCCACAUUGUAUAAGAGGCCGCCCAAUUGAUGAAGGAGAUGCCAAAAUGGAUACAAGAGCUAAAGUUGAAUGAAUUAACACUGUUUUAAAAAAAUGUUUAUUUAUUAUUUAAUAUUGCCAAAAACUACUAAAGUUUGUUAAACAUUUAUAAAAACCUUCAUUCAAGAAACAUCUAUUUCUUGUUAAAUUAAUUUUGUUUUUUGUCAUUAAAUUAUUUUAAUAUUUAGGUUUAAAAUGUUUUGUAUAUUGCAUUACAAGAGUAUAGAUACAUAGUUUAUGUAUUAUUUGUGAUACUAUAUGAGAUAUAUAAACAAGUAUUCAUAAUUAA